CAGAGUCCCUAGGGAUAGUGCGCUCAGACUAAAGGCAAUUUCCAUAAAGCACAGGUCUCACCAAGUUCAUCAUUAGCCAAAUCCAGUAUCAUUGAAAUUCAGCAUUACUGUUAGAAGAGUGCACGUCUCAGCUACAAAAGUAGUCUAUUCCGAAAGUUAUCCCUUUAUUCAGGAUGAAUUAUAAAAGCUGUCACUGACUCUAUUCCAAGACCUCAGGUAGUUUAGUCUCUUGAAUAUUAUAAGGUGAUAGUCAUCUCCAAUGUCCUUCAACUAAAAUAAAAGAACCAAUGUGGAAGCAGAAAAACCAAGGUGCAUAUUCCUAGGCCAUAUGUCAGUGUCAGUUGGAGAGGGUCCAUGGCCUCUCCUCUCACAGCUUUGGAUCUCUCUUUCCCCUGGAACAUCCAAGCAAGAAGGAAGCAGACCAACUGUAAUAGUUCAAGUUUUAGUAUACUGAAGGGAUGGCUGGUUGGCUUGGUACAAAGCAAAGAUCCAUUAUUUGAAUGUGAAUCAGUCAAACUCCUCUCCACUACAUCUCACUGUCUCUACACUGUUGGAUUUAAAGGCUUCUCUGUGAAGGGUUUCUCUGCAUUUUUCUCUAAGGAUCUGCAAUGGAAGUUUCCAUUUCUUUUCCUCUCUUCUUAAUGCUCAAGUCUUUCUAAGUCCUUCUCUCUCUUGGAUCUCUGAACUAAGAAUUCUGUCCUGGCAGGGUGGGGGUUAGAACGUCUGGGUGUUCCAUGACAGUUGCCCAGGUUAAUUGAUUUAAAGUGAUGGACCAAGCCCAAACAACCAGAAAGAAAAAGUUCUUGAAUGAAAGCUUCACACCCUUCAAAUGCACCCCGACAAUGCAGACUAGGAAAAGUACAGGAGAUUCUCAAGUACUGGGAAGCACAGAAAUUCUGUCUCGAUUACCUGCCUCCAUCUGGAAUGAAAAUCGAUUCGUCUUAAGGGCCUGGGCUCUCUCCAUCAGUAUUUUAGCAUUUCUUUUGCUGCUUUCUUUGUUUGAUGGAAGGCUGGCUGACAUUGAAGUGACAGAAAAUUACAAAGAAGCCCUGGGCUACUGGACCAACUGUCAGUAUCACUCCUGCCCAGAUCUAGGCAAGGUUACAGUGAAUAAACACCUGGGAAUGGGCUUCAUGAUGCUCGCCCUGGGCUCCGAGAUCUUCUGCCUCCUCUUCAUGGGCUUCUCUUUCCGGCCCAUCUUCCGAAGAAUCGUUCGCUGUGAUUUGGUCUUUAGUAUCCUCAACUUUACUACUGGGGUCCUGAUUUUCCUUAGUAUGCUGCUCUUCACCCUCGAAUGCCGUUUCCUCUCCCCGAUCAAGGUCACCUUCGUUGUCCCUUACUAUUUGUGCUGGUGUAGCUCCGUUUUGCAGUUCCUCUCAGGCAUCCUCUGCCUGAUCAACUACCGGCAAACCUUCGACGUGUCCGUCUCGUCCGUCUCGACCCUCUCGGGCUUCCACGAGCGCUCGCCGUCCGUGUUCCCGCCGCUGCCGCAGAUCCGCUCUCCCCAGUUUCGUGGCGCUAGGAAAACCCUCCGCGUGGGGAGGCGCCGGACCACCUUCCAGCUGGCGUCCCACGCCUCGGAGUAGCCCGCCCCUCUGCACUCGCUCGGCCCCUCUCCCAAUAAACCCGGCCCGCCGGCCCCUCUCCGUGUCCGAGGCCUUUCCGUCCCGUGUCCUGGGGCUGGGGGCAGGUGGGGCGGGGGGCGGAGCGAGAGAAGGGCGAACGGGCGGAGCGGGAAAAUCGGCCUGCCCGGACCCAUUGCCCGCAGAAUGGUCGCUUAAAUGUGGGGACCUCGGGGGCUUUAGCUGUAAAAAGGGAGUAGAGGGAGCGGGAUGUGAAUAAAUGCGCUCUCAGGACCCUGA